AUGUCAAGCCAGAGGAAACACAAACAGAAACACAGCGAAAGCGACGAAGACGACGAUGUUUUUUUCUACCGCUACUGCGCUUCAUCAUCAACCGCCGCCACCACCACCACCACCGCCACCAUAUCCAGUAAUCAACCUCAAUCAAAACCGAACAACAAAGGAUCGUCAAUAGGAGCAACAGGAGAACCCUUAGCACCAUCAAAAUCAACGCUAUAUGUUUCAAAUCUAGAUUACUCCCUGACAAACUCCGAUCUCCACACUCUCUUCUCUACUUUCGGCCGAAUCGCGCGUGUGACCGUUCUCAAAGACCGUCACACGCGCCUCAGCCGCGGAGUCGCGUUUGUGCAAUUCGUUUCUCGUCAUGACGCUCAACGCGCCGUGACGGAGAUGAAUAAGAAGAUUCUUAAUGGACGGACUUUGACUGCUUCUAUUGCAGCUGAUAAUGGACGUGCUCCCGAAUUUAUUCGGAAGCGCGUGUACAACACUGAGACCGAGACUGCUUUGUGUUAUGAGUGUGGGGGGCAUGGUCAUCUGUCGUAUGAGUGUCCUAAGAAUCAGUUGGGGCCGAGGCCGCGGCCUCAGCCUAAGAAGCCGCGGAGGGGAUUCGGUGGGACAAGGGAUAAGGAUAGGGAGGAAGAGGGUGAUGAGGAGGAGGAAGAGGGUGGUCAGAUUGCCGCGGAGCAGUUUGAGGAUAAUUGGGCUUCUGUUGUGGAUGAUGAAGCGGGGGAGAGGUUGCUUGGGAGAAAUGGAAAUGAUGGUGAGGGUUUUGACAACAAGAAGACGAAGAAGAAAGGGAAGAGAGCUGGAUAUUUUAGUGAUGAGAGUGAUCAUGAUGAUGAUUGA